AUGCAGUGCACGCCUGCGUAGUUUUCGGAAGCUGUGAAAAAAAUGGCUUUUGGGGAAUAGUGUUGUUUGAGUGUUGUGGUAGAUUUUUAAAAUUAUCGAAAUAACACGUUCCAAAAAAAAAAAAAAAGAAAAAAUUGUGGAGACACUUUAGGAUAAAAUGAGUAAAUAUAUGUACUCCACUGCGAACUUAACAGACAAGGAGUUAAAGGACCAGGGAAACAGACUUUUCACGUUAAGGAAAUACGAGGAUGCAGUAAAUUGUUACACUAAAGCCAUCAUAAAAAAUCCAAAUGUGCCGACUUACUUCACAAACAGAGCACUUUGCCACCUCAAGACAAAAAGGUGGGAGGAAGCAUGCCAGGACUGCCGAAGAGCGCUCGACAUGGAUCCAAAUUUAGUCAAAGGACAUUUUUUUCUGGGGCAAGCUUUAUUAGAAAUGGAUAAUUAUGAUGAAGCAAUAAAACAUUUACAGAGAGCAAAUGAUCUAGCUAAGGAACAGAAAUUAAAUUUUGGUGAUGACAUUGCAAGUCAGCUAAGGGCAGCCCGGAAAAAGAGGUGGAAUGUACAAGAAGAAAAACGAAUUGCACAAGAGAUAGAACUACAGUCUUACUUGAACAGAUUGAUAAGGGAGGACACCGAGCGGCAGAUAGAAAAACUGCGUGAAGAAAGUGGUGGAAAUGAAGAACUUGUCCAGGACAAAGUGAUGGAGCUGGAGCAACAGUGUGACAACAAUACAAGUGAACUAAAUGCUAUAUUUGCCAAAGUAGAUGAAAGGAGAAGAAAGCGGGAUGUUCCAGAUUAUCUGUGUGGAAAAAUAAGCUUUGAGAUCCUUCGUGAACCAGUAAUCACUCCUAGUGGUAUAACUUAUGAGAGGAAAGAUAUAGAAGAACAUUUGCAGAGAGUUGGCCAUUUUGACCCAGUUACGAGGGUAAAAUUGACCCAAGACCAGCUGAUCCCAAAUUUUGCCAUGAAAGAAGUUGUUGAUGGAUUUUUGCAAGAAAAUGAAUGGGCUCUGGACUACUGAGGAUUCAACAGAGUAUUAAGAAGACUGUUCGUCACACACAGACGUAUAAGUAUGUGGACAUUGUCCACUAAUUUGAGCCUGGUAAGGACCUGUAAAUAAGGGGGGUUUGACAGAUAGGUAACAAAUUUUGUAUUUACUUUUAAAAAUUGUCCUGUAUACUUGAGAAUUGUUCCUUGUUUUAUUCAGAAUCUGGCCUUACAUUUAGCAAAGGUGUAAGCAGAAGGUAUGACGCGUAUCCCAACAGUGACCUGUCUUUGUGAUUUUUCGUGUGUCUGUGUGCAAAGCUAAUGAGCACUCCUAUGAAACCAUCAUUUCCACAUGAAAAUUUUUAUAUAAAUAGACCAAUUUUAUAGCCGUGUAAUUGAAUCUACAGUGACAGUGAAGACUCAAGAUAUGUUAUUCCACUUCAGGAGAGGCUUGUUAAUGUUGUAAAUUAGAUUCAUUCUGAGCUUUUGGCAUCAAAGAGCACUAUGUAAUGUUCUUUUGGAGGAAUUGUGUAAGAACAGUUUGACAUUAAAUUGUCUGUUUCUUCCCAAAAGAUGACAUUUUAUGAAUAUAUGUAAAAUUCAUAGCAGGUUCCUUCUUUGUGCAUAUUUGUGAUCAAGAAACAAGAACAGUUUAGUAACUUGAAAUGCUAUCAUUAUCAAGCUGUACUUGCUAUGACUGCUUAUGACAAGCUGUGUUAUAUGCCUUAUUCUCAAGCUCAAUUGUCAGGUGAUUGCUACUGUUGCUGUUGAUGUGAUAAGAUGAUAAGUGUAUUGACAAUCCAAGAUCAGUACAGUUAUUUGUGUUGCAUACUGAAAUAAUAAUGUUGUGAAAGAAUGGAAAGUCCAAAAUGAUAUAACAAUAUGAAUAGGAUAUACUCACCACACAGGGGAGGCUUUGGUGGUAUAUUGGCACAUUUAAAAGUAGUCUGUAGGAAAAUGCUAGCUUCCAGACAAAGUCAUCAGAUGGGACACGCGCGCGCGCCCACACACACACACACACACACACACACAGCAGUGCCUGGAGAUGACAGUGGCCGUGUGUGUGUGUGUGUGUGGGGGGGGGGGGUGUCAUGUGUAUGUAUGUAUGUCUGAUGCUUAAUGCAUUCUUGUGGAGAAUAGCAUUCUAUCCAGUUUGUAUCAUUAAUGAGUUUUCUUUAGGUCACUGCUCUAGUAAGCACAAUGUUUUCUCUCAUUGGAGAAAGUUACCAUGUUUUUAAACUGGCCGCAAGAACUUGUUUAAUUUGAUCAGUCUUUAUCCUUCGGCAUGCUCCAGCUUACAGCUGUAUUUGCACUGCAAAUAGAUACUGUGAUUCUCUGUCAGUGUAAGUGGCUACUUUACUCAUCUUGUAAGUGUUCUUGAAAUUUCCAAAAUAAAAAAAUUACUGUCGUUAUUCUUAGACAAUAUAAAAAUAGAACCAGUCUGAUUUCUAUUUCUUUGUAUUAUAAAUCUUCCAUAUUCAAAUAGAAAGAUGUUUUCUUUAAAAAUAUGCAAAUGUCUUAUUUUUUUUUUUUAUUAAAAAAAAAAAAAAAUUCACAUCGCCACCUGUCUUGUUUGUGAGAACAUUUGUAUUGAUUUAUUCAUGGAAGAAUUUUGAGUGUUCAUUAAAUUUGAUUUACUGUGUAGUGUAAAUGUUUGCCACUUUAAAAUGGUAUGUUGAAAAAUUUCUUGGUCUUUUAUCUCUGUAUCUACGAAUUGUAUGGGUGUCACUGACACAGAUGAAGCAGACCAUUCUACACAUAGUGAACCAGAUUCUCCUGUGUAAUAAAUUUCUUUCCCAGGCCAUAAGCUUCUCAUAAAAUUAUUAAUUAUAUAAACAGUAUUGCUUCACAGUUUGUGAUAUUCCCCAAAAUUAGUAUCUGUAGUAUUGAUUAUUAACAGCGCCAAAUUUUUUCUGCAGGAAUGAUUCAGAGCCUGCCCAAUCUUUUAUAAAAUAUUGGAAAGAGAAAAUACUUCCAGAACACAAAGUAAAUAAACAUUAUUACUUAUGCUUAUCAUCGAGUGUGUAGUAAACAGUAUGAGAGAACUUUUUUGCUAUAAAUAAUGAGAAAUGCUUAAUGUCUAGAUUGUCCAACAACUUAAAAAUUUAUUCUGUCAGUGAUUUGUACACUUAACAUGUUAUUGGUAAAUAAGACACAUACAUUCCAGUUACAUAAAUAAUAUUUUUACAUGUUCUUAAUAACUGUCAUGUGCACCACAGCUACAUUCAUACCUAUUCUAUAGCAUACACUUCUGUUGGCUGAUAAUGGCAAGUAUACUUAGUGUCAUUGCCAUAUAAUUUGAUUUAUGUGGUGCUGGCCUUGCAACAAUGGUAAUACUGGUUCCUCUCAGAUUACUGAAGUUAAGCAAUGUCGGGCUGGACUAGUUCUUGGAUGGGUCCCCAGCCGAAGAUGACAUGGCGGACGGUCAGUACCGCAGGACAUUCGAGGCCUGUUCAGAUUUUGUUUUUGUUUAUUGCAGACAUUAACAGGCUUCCAAGAUGUGAAUAACUACCAGGGAGCACUACAGCCAUUCGGAAGUUUUGUCUUUGUCAUUUACCUAAUGAUAAAUCUCUUUGAAAAGAGAAGAAUUUCCCUACUCUGUCGUAACAUGAAGAAACUUCAAAGCAGCUGCUCCUCAGAGAAAGUGCAGUGUCUGAUGGAAACAUGGUUAGUUUCUACAUACAGCAAAUAACAUACUUACAAAUAUCAGGAAACAAAAAGUCAUGUGAAAGUAGAUGAUGGUGAUAAAGUGGAUUGUUAAAUUGGUUCACUCAUUGAUUUACACUGACAAAACUUUGAUCGGUGGUGGAAAAAUAUCCAAACUUUGUUGGACUUGCUUAGUGAAAACACCUGCGAUAAUGCCAACUUAUUGGUGCUGUGAAAUGUUAACAGUUAUAAAUAAGAGCUGAUUAACUCAAAAAGAGGCUUGUCUGAUGUUCAUUAGUAAUUGCUGCAUACCUGCAAGGAAAAUCAACAGAAAUUGAAUACAUUAUAAGACUUGUAUUUUUUUAUGUAUGCGGUUAGGAUGUAGGAAAUAGUGGCAGCUUUGUAAGAAAAAAUAUGUAUUAUUCUGUGUCAUUCAGUGGGUUGUAUGGUAUCUAGGUCUAUUUUCAGUGUACUGAAGCAAGUUUUCUGUGAUUUAUUUUCUGAUAAAGGAAACUUAAAAUGGCAACCCAGCUGUAAAUGUGUUGAAGGAGCAAAAAAGAUUGAAGAAGGUGAUGAUUUCUGAUAGCACAGUAUCUUGUGAUAUCAAACUUCUGUGAAUAUUUUUUCACAGAUAUCAUCUAAAAAUUUCUCAAGGACGUAUUGAAAAAAAUGUGGUGCUGCUGCUUUUGUAGUAAAUGUUUAAGAAUUGCAUUCUUCUUGUUGUAUUGUAAAAUUUCACUGUUUCCUUUGCUCAAGUACCGUAUUUACUCGAAUUUAAGCCGCACUCGAAUCUAAGCCGCACCUGAAAAAUGAGACUCGAAAUUAAGGAAAAAAAAAAAUUUCCCGAAUCUAAGCCGCACCUGAAAUUUGAGACUCGAAAUUCAAGAGGAGAGAAGUUUUAGGCCGCACCUCCAAAGCGAAACAAAGUUGGUCCAUUGUAAUAUGAGACACGAUUUAGGUCGAAUGAAUAACGAUACAGCUACAGUAGUUUGGUUCGAGCCGUAAGCUUAGCAGUUAAGCUUUACCAGGUAACCAUUGCUAUGUGUCAGGCGCUCCGUCCGCAUUUAUACGGGUACCCUUCGUUUUUCACGUGCUUCGUCUGGUUUGAAUUGAUUGCUUAUUUUUCUUUGAUCUGAUAAGUGCUGUUCUCUUUGUUAUAGGUGUUUACGUCACUAUGAGCUGAAAAUGCAUUACUGUACUGUGUCAUGCAUUGUUUGUCGCAUUCUGAUAAUUAAUGUUUACGGCCUGUCGCCGCUCGCGGCUUGGUUUGCUUUUGUGUGUGCUACCACCGCUUACAAUAAAAAAAAAAAAAGAGGAAUUGUCUCAGUAGCGAAACAAUGGCAAGAGACUGCUAUUUGUUGUUAUUUACACUGCUGCUUUCUUUGUUAAUGAUCAACAAGAACCAAGUAAUAAACUGCGUAUGAUAGAAUAUGUUCUGAACGAGAGUUUGGCGAAAAUUUUUCUCCGUUUGAAAAUCUUUGCAGACGCCUCUUUAGUACAUUACUUUCUGCACAGAAAUUAGUCAUCUUAGAUUCAAAAAUCUAGUCAAUUGCCGUGCUUCAUUUCUGACUGUAUCCCUAUUAGGCAUAAGAAUAAUACGAAUAUAAACAUGAUAUGAUAUGUGUAUACUUCCGCGUUUGCUGUUGUCUCACUCUAGUUUUGUAGGUUAUUAGCCUGACAGGAUUUAAAUGAGAUAGCAGCAAACACGAAAGAAUACAUGGCAAAAUGUUUAUAUUCGUAUUAUUCUUAUGGUGAAACAAUACUGCAUGUGAUUCACGAAAGUUCCCAUUAGCAACCAUCUCUUCUCACAGGUAGGAAAAAUUCAGAACAUAGAAUUGGCCAUACUGACAAACAUCGCAAACAGUCUUGCCAGUCGGACUUUCGUAGUAUAUUGAAAAGCUGCUACAUUCGAAGAUGAACAAUACGGAUUUUGUAUUUACUUCAUUGGAUAAUGUAUGAAAAUGCAGUGGUCGAAAUUCGGGGCGGAGAAAAAAGCUCGUCUUCCGCCUUUUUUUUUUUUUUUUAAUUUAUUUACUGACGCAGAGGUUUUGGCGCCAGUAUUUAUCUUUGUGCCUGCAAAGCAUGCCUGUGUAGCGCUACAUAUAUUCGACGGCAGAAGUUAGUUGUGGCGGCACCUACCAACAUAUUUCAGAACUUCCGCUUACUUUGCACUCAAUUCUAAGCCGCAGGCAGUUUUUUGGAUUACAAAAACUGGAAAAAAAGUGCGGCUUAGAUUCGAGUAAAUGCGGUAAUUUUUGUAGAUGUGUGUAUCAUUGUAUAGAUUUUUUUGCUGUUACUAAUAGUCAAGAUUUAUUUUCCACUCUUUGUAUCUCUGUUGAUUUUUUUCUUACAGUAAUUGCAUUUACUUGCGUGAGUGAUUCCGCUGUAAAGUGCCAUGAAAACAUUAAUCUUCAUGUAUCAAUAUAACUUUUUUGGAUUGACAUUUUGACAGUUUGAGAUUGUGGUAAUUAGUAUUCUGUACUUAUUCCUUGCAUUCAAAAUGAAUGGUCCUCAUUUUAGACUUUCUGCUGUUCAUGAAAGAGUACAUUUGUGUUUAUAUGCUAGAUCAGUGCUCAUACUGAAGUUGGAUGCCACGAAUAUUAUGUGAUGAACCUACGCAGGGAAUCUCAUCUGUACAUUAACAUAUUGCAUUCAUAAAUUUGUACAAAAUUUGGUGGAUUGUUGAUUUGUCAGUACACUACCUGUUACCAUUGUACAAUAAAAGUGUAUUUUUAUUUCAAA